AUGUAUGCUCCUCUUACAUUAAAAACGUGCCUGCGCGCCCUCCGCCCCGCCUCGCCCACCCGCGCCGCCGCAGCGGCUCCGCGGGGCGGCGGGGCUUCGGCGCUUAAUGGCGGCCGGCGGAGCGGAGGAGCGGGGCGGUUUGGAGGCUGCCGUGAGGGGUCGGCUCCGCGUCCAUCGCUCCCGGAGGAGGUGAGCGCCCUGCAGGCGCUGCCGAUCGACGUGCAGCUGAACAUCAUGUCCUUCCUCUCGCCCCAAGAUUUGUGCCAUUUGGGGAGCACGAGUUGUUAUUGGAGGGCGGCUGUGCAGGAUCCGUUGUUGUGGAGGUAUUUUCUCCUGAGGGAUCUCCCCUUCUGGACAUCCGUUGACUGGAAAUCACUCCCAGAUGGGGAGAUCUUUAAUAAAGCCUUUUCAGAGGUCAGCGAUAAUGCGCUGUAUGAUUACAUGGCAAUAUAUAAAAAAAGCUGUCCUCAGAGUAGAAGAAGUUUGAAAUCAAGCCGUCCCCGGUAUGGGGCUGUGACUUCCUUUUUGCAAUCACUGGUCACUCAGGCAGAACCUCGCUUUGCUAUGUUUGGGCCAGGUUUGGAAGAGCUGGAUGACUCUUUAGUGCAAAAGAUGAUGACAUGCCCAGAAGUUCUGCUAGUAGCUGGCUUACCUCAAAGACAAAUUCAUGGAAUUGGAUCAGGAGUCAGUUUUCAGUUUAGCAACAAUCAAAAAUUCAAUAUUCUGACAUUGUAUUCAACCACCAGUGUGGAAAGGAGGAGAGCAAGGGCAGAGCAAGCCGUUGCUGUGAAUAAGAUGUUCUACCAAGAGAACAGUGUAGUAGGGAAUCAGCAAGCCGUGCACUACAGUGUAAUAGCUCAAGUGAAAAAGGUGUGCGAAGUAGUUGAUGGAUUCAUUUAUGUUGCUAAUGCAGAAGCUCAUAAAAACCAUGAUCGUCAAGAGGAACUGGCUCGUAUUUUGGCAAUGAUUGAUCCAGCUCUUGGGCCUCCGAACAGACCUCUGCUAGUUUUGUCUUGUGUCUCUGACAUUGGUGUGAAAAGAAUUCCGUGUGUUUACGUGGCACAUCAGUUGCAACUAAAUCUGCUACAUCAGCCCUGGAUGGUGCAGGACACUGUAGCUGCAACUUUAGCUGGAUUGCUAAAUGGAAUUGAGUGGCUCCUGGAAGAAGCAAAUUGUAAAAAUGCACAGUAAUGGAACUGCGCAUUGUUUUACUGUAUGGAGACUUUGGUGUUUUGCAGUUCAGACAAAGUAAGAAUCUUGUCCUGGCAAAGCACUGUCAGAAAGGAGAUUUAAAAGGCAAACCUGCGUAUAUUUCAGUGCAUGUACUUUAAUAAUUAACAUUCUUCCAACUGUAGUCCUGAAUUAGAAGUAGAAGCAGGAUUGCCUGGAUUCCAGCAGCUGAUGAAGAAGUGAUUUGGGGGGGGCAAUCUGGGUGGUUUGGUUUUUUUCUGUCUUUCAAGCAGGGGCCUUAGGGUGCAAUUUUUUCUCAGUAUAUCUGGUAAUCUAAUCUCUUCUGUAAAUGUACGUAACACUAGGUUGGUUUAUC